AUGCCGCUGUCAGAUUCUGAAUUUGAUACCGCAUCAAUGACAAUAAAAAACGGCAUUGUGAGCGCCGAGGACGACAAGCAAACAACCAAGGAAUUCGAAGUUGAGGAAGAACUCAAGACUUCUUCCAAGUCCGUCGCCAGCAUCAUCGAAAAGAAGGAAACCGAUUCAGAAAAUGAUACAACCGUUAUCCAGGACGGCGAAAAGGCCUCCUGGUUCCAAAAAACCAUCGAGUUUUUGGAAGUUAAACAAGUUUCCACCGAUCCUGCUGCACACAAGGUGGAAAAACCUAUCAAGACAUUAAAGGAUUUGCGCAAAUCCUUACUAUCCACAUAUCUAUACAACACAGACUUGAGGCCCGUGGAGGCCAAGAGAAGAACAUGGACUUGGAAACAGUACAUUUUCUUUUGGAUUUCCGGGUCCUUCAAUGUUAACACAUGGCAAAUCUCAGCCACCGGUCUUCAACUAGGGUUGACCUGGUGGCAGACUUGGAUAUGUAUUUGGGCAGGGUACACGUUUGUUGCAUUUUUCUUGAUUCUGGGAUCUAAAGUCGGGAACAACUACCACAUUUCUUUCCCCAUCUCAUCAAGAGUGUCCUUUGGUAUUUACUUCUCCAUCUGGAUCGUCAUCAACCGUGUCGUGAUGGCGUGUGUCUGGAACUCCACGCUGGCUUAUAUCGGGAGUCAGUGUGUCCAAUUGAUGCUGAAGGCCAUCUUCGGUACCGAUUUAAACACCAGAAUAAAAGACACCAUAAAAAGCCCUAACCUGACGAACUUCGAGUUCAUGUGUUUCAUGGUCUUUUGGGUCGUAUGUCUGCCAUUCUUAUGGUUUCCGCCUGAUAAAUUGCGUCACAUUUUUGCACUCAAAUCCGCAAUUACCCCGUUCGCGGCAUUUGGAUUUCUAAUUUGGACCCUCUGUAAGUCUAAAGGUCAUUUGGCCUUGGGUUCAUUAAACGACAACGGUGGUGCCAUCAGUAAGUCCGUCUUAGCAUGGUCUGUAAUCAGAUCCAUCAUGAGUGCCCUAGAUAAUUUUUCCACUCUGAUUUUGAACGCUCCUGACUUCACCAGAUUUGGUAAGACUUACAAAUCAUCUAUUUACUCACAAUUAGUCGCCCUACCCGUCUGUUUUGCCGUCAUUUCCUUGAUCGGUAUCCUAUCUGUCUCGGCAGCUUACACGUUAUACGGGGUGAACUAUUGGAGUCCUUUAGAAAUUCUAAACAGAUACUUAGACAACUACACCUCUGGGAACAGAGCCGGUGUUUUCCUCAUCUCGUUCAUUUUUGCAUUUGAUCAAUUGGGUGCUAACUUGUCUGGUAACUCCAUUCCUGCAGGUACCGAUAUGACCGCGCUGUUGCCCAAGUUCAUCAACAUUAGACGUGGUUCGUAUAUUUGUGCCUUAAUAUCGUUGGCCAUUUGCCCCUGGGAUUUAUUAUCAUCAUCAUCGAAGUUUACCACGGCGCUAGCAGCAUACGCAGUUUUCCUAAGUGCCAUCGCAGGUGUCAUUUCUGCUGAUUACUUCAUAGUCAGAAAAGGCUACGUCAACAUUUUCCACUGUUACACCAACAAGCCGGACUCCUACUACAUGUAUAAUAAAUACGGCACUAACUGGAGAGCAGUGGUAGCAUACCUUAUUGGUAUUGCUCCUAAUUUUGCCGGAUUCUUGGGUUCAGUGGGCAUUUCCGUACCUAUUGGCGCUAUGAGAGUGUACUACCUAAACUAUUUCGUCGGAUACCUUGUUGCAGCAUUGAGUUACUGUAUUUUAGUGCAUUUCUACCCAAUUAGUGGUGUUCCAGGGAACGCGAAGUUGACCGACCGUAAAUGGCUCGAAGAAUGGGUCGAGGUCGAAGAAUUCGAAUCCGAAAGAGAAGUCUUUGAAGAAUACGGUAGUGUCUCCACUGGCUAUGAAAAGAUACGGUAUGUUUAA